AUGCAUCUAAAAGUCUCGCCUUUACGGUUGUUGCUGUUACAGCUCUUACCUGUCUACCGGGUCUAUGGCCAAUCGACAGCUCUAUUUACAUCUUUCACCACUGAAAUUAUUUUAACGACGGAAACUAUUUUCGGUACAGUGACGGUGGACUGUAAUGGCGCACCUAUAGGGACUUCUUUAGUCUCAAACAGCGAUACAAGUACAGGGCCACCAGGCGUGGCUACCGAGACUGUUAUUGAAACGGUUUCUGAAGGCACUCGAACUCAAACUCAGACUAUACCCUCAACUAUUACGAUUACAGACAGUGUUACGACCACCGCCCAAGGUGCUGCCACUGACGUAGCGAUAUCAGCAGGAGUCCCCUUCGCCCUUAACAUUUUCGGGCCGGGUGAUAUCUCUCUCGCAGCAGUUGUAGAUUCAAACGGUGUUGUCGAUCUCGUUGAUGCCUCGACGGCCACGGGUGACGCUACCCCUGUCUAUAUUGACGACUUAGGCUUCAUCCGGUUACUCAAUUCUCAGGAUGAUGUUUUAUACUUCCCUGACCUGACCUUCCCCAAACUCUUCAAGCGUCAGGGUACAAACGGGAAGGCUGCAACGAAGCCAGAAUCCCAAUUAACAACUUCGGAUACCCCAGGGAAUUUCUCGGCAUCGGUAUCUAAUAUUGUACUGAAGCACGACGGUACAAAUGUAGGACUUUACUUUGAUGGUGCGAUUAAUGGCCGCAGAGGAUUUUUCGGUGUUCCUUCUGGACAGACACCUGCUAGCAGCCUUACAUCUGGGACAGUCAAGGGGAGUGUCGUAUCUACCUCGGUCUCGGCCACUAAGGGAAUAAGUACUGCAGCAAGCGCUGCUACGACUGGGAUUGAUGCAAUAAUCACUUCCUAUUCGAGCUUUUGCCAGGCUUAUCUCAGUUUAGCCCCUACGACAACGCAGGGUUCUACAACAACGGUGCCUUCGACUAUCCUCAUUUCGACUAAUUUCAGUAAUACUACAGUUUCUAGUCCGGGACCUCUGGAGAGUACUCAGACUAAAACACCAGAAACAACUGUGUCUACAGUUGGUACCUUUGAAACUUGGUCUACACCAGUAGGAGAGCGCCGCAAAAAGAGACAGGCCUCGACUUCGACAAGUUCGACGGCUUCUACUAACUCUACAGAGUCUACAGCAUCCACGAAUUCAACAGCUUCUAUUACAUCCUCAAGCACCGUGCUUGCGACACCAGAGGCUCUACAACCCUAUGCCUCAGACGUAAUCAGCUCGGCAUGCAAAGCCAGGAUCACCUAUACUGGUCUAAUCUCCACAUCUCUUUUCUAUGUGUCCCAAGGAACGGAGACAAGCACUACAGAUGUUGGCGAAACAAGUACUAUCUACGGCCCUGCUAGUUCCACAAUCACAGAAACCCAAACCGGAACUACAGUCCCAGUUACAGCGACAAUAGUGGCCACAGCUGUCCCCCAGCCGACACCAAUGUCUUUGUGUAGAAUUGGAACUGGGUCUAACAUCUGCUGGGAGCUAAAAUAUACGCAAACCACCAAUUCAAGCACUGAUCCUUUGAGAAUUUGGUUUAGCGAUACCUCUAGAGAGCUUAUGAUUGAUAUCCCACUUUUCACUCUAGAUGAGUAUGGUCGGCUGACAUACACUCAUCCGGCUACAAAUAUAAAACUCUAUGCUGCCCUACCGAAGGGAAAUCCUACGGAAGGCCACGCCUUGACAUUUGUCACCCCACAGUUCAAAAUCGCCAAUAGCUUUGGUUACGUAAAGUGGUUCUGGGACUCCGGAAAUAACAAUAAGCUAAUACUCGACCCUGAUAACGAUCAGAUAAUUAAUUCUGGUGAGACGCCUCCGACUGGUAUUGGUCAAUGUUUCUACAAUUCCCCGAAUCCGAGUCCUGCCCCACAAUACAGUUAUAUGGCGGUUGGUCCUGCUCCAAGUGAGGUUUAUAGUCUCAGUACUACAGUACAGAACUGCUUCAUGGGAUUGGUUUUUGGAUUUAGGGCGUAG